AUGUCCAGUACUGAUGUGGAAACUUUUAAUGGCAAAAUAGUAUACAAUCUCGAUGGCAGCAGCGCCUAUAUUAUCGAUGCAGAUAAUGCCAAUGAUCAUGGAAGUGGUGAAACUUCGAAGUAUAGGCAAGCACCAGCAUCUAUUUCAGUGAAGAAGGACUUCUCGAAUGCCAAAGAUUUCGGUUUUGUGGAGGCGAAAGAAAAAAAGGAACAACAGGAACAGGAGCAACAGGAGCAACAGCAGCACCAGCAGCAGGAGAAGGAGACUCUGUACAAAACCAGUCCCAAGAUACAUUCAUUUCGCGUAGUAACGGCGCAGGAUGCUAACUCUAAUCCAACUAGAGAUAUAAUAUUCAAGAUUCAAAAACCAAUAUUAAUGUGCUUCAUAUGCAAAUUAUCAUUUGGCAACGUCAAGUCCUUUAGCUUGCAUGCUAACGCCGAACACAAGCUCAAUUUAAUCGAGUUGGAACAGCAGCUACUUAAACGGGAGUAUUCUAGCGCCAUAAUACAGCGAAAUAUGGAUGAGAAGCCAUCGAUAUCAUUUCUGCAGCCAUUGGAUAUUAAUGCCUCCGGUGAUGUUGCCGAUGAGAAGAAUCUACAACAGAUAUCUGCCGAUGCUGUCGUUCCUAUUCUGACCGAAACUGAUCAACAAGAGAAAGAGAAAGCGAAAGAGACAGAGACAGAGAAAGAGAGAGAGAAUGAUAAUUAUGAUCAGUGCAGAGAGCGAGAGAUGCAGAAUGAUCCCGAAGACGAUCAAGAUUCUGAUCAUAUUAGUAAUAAUCAAAUGGCAGCACCUAGUGCAAAUUAUCAUUAUCAUCAGGUGAAAUCAUCUCUGAAAUUUGGUUCCUUAAACUCAGAAACAGAAACAACAAAGACUAAUAAACUAUCGAAAGUAUCUGUACCCUCAUCAUCGUCCUCAACCAGUUCCUGCGAGGUCUCAUCAUUAUCCCGUACUGAUAAUCUAAGUAACAAUAAUAAUAAGUCAGUAGAGUCUUCAUUGGAAAUUGAAAUGAAUCCAGGCUCAUCAUCGUCACCUCAACGAAAUGAAUUAUCAGAGGUUUCCAACUCGGAUUUCUUGGCAGCCACUGCUCCUGGCAUAUUCCCUCCUCAAGUCAGUUCUUUCCAUGCUUCGCUAGCAGCUCUGGCCGCCAACAAAACUGAAUCAAACGGCAAUCGUGUUAAGCUGAUAACCGAGUUCCUUCAACAGCAACUGCAGCAACAUCAAAGUUCCUUAUUUCCCAGCCAAUGCCUCGAACAUCCUGAUUUUAAUGGCGUCGAUUGUAAAACCUGUGAAUUCCUUGAGAUCCAAGGAAGGACCAAGUCCCCGUCUUUGCCCCAGCAUCAGGUACCGCCACAUCGCUCGCCCUGCAGCAACCUGGCAAUGUCCCCUAGUUCAUCAUCAGUAACCAGCGUGGGAAAUGCAGGGGCGACAAGCGCGGGCGCAUCAACAAGCGCCUCAUCCAGCUUCACCAUUGGUGCCUGUUCGGAUCACAUCAACGGACGUCCCCAGGGUGUGGACUGUGCGCGAUGUGAAAUGUUGCUUAAUUCGGCACGAUUGAACAGCGGCGUCCAAAUGUCCACACGAAACUCCUGCAAGACUCUAAAAUGUCCACAAUGUAAUUGGCAUUACAAAUAUCAGGAAACGCUGGAGAUUCACAUGCGGGAGAAGCAUCCAGAUGGGGAAAGUGCGUGCGGUUAUUGUUUGGCAGGACAGCAACAUCCUCGCUUGGCACGUGGGGAAUCCUAUUCCUGCGGCUAUAAGCCGUAUCGCUGUGAGAUUUGUAACUAUUCCACGACCACCAAGGGGAAUCUCUCGAUUCACAUGCAAUCUGAUAAGCAUUUAAAUAAUAUGCAAGAGUUGAACAGCUCGCAGAAUAUGGUCGCUGCGGCCGUGGCCACAGGGAAGUUGCUUCUAUCGAGCAGCUCUUCUUCGCCUCAGGGAGCUGGUUCCUCCAACAGUGCUCCUCCUCCAGUUGGUUCCUCGUCCUGCCUUACAUCGAACAAUGUUGUGGGAAAUCCUUCUAUUUCGAACAACUCAAAUGCUAGUUCCAGUACGGGCCCCAUUUCCAGCUCCAACGUUAACCUAAAGCCAAAGCCUUCAUUUCGGUGCGAUAUUUGUAGCUAUGAGACAUCGGUUGCUCGAAAUUUAAGGAUUCAUAUGACCAGCGAAAAGCAUACACAUAAUAUGGCAGUGCUGCAGAACAAUAUAAAGCAUAUACAGACAUUCAACUUUUUGCAACAGCAGCAACAACAAUCCAGUGUUCCGGGAGCAGUCAGUUCUAGCGGAGUAGCAGGUUCCUUUCUGCCGGAAGUCGCUUUGGCAGAUUUGGCUUAUAACCAAGCCCUGAUGAUUCAGUUGCUGCACCAUCAACAGCAACAGCAACAGCAACAGUCUUCAGCUAAUACCAAACUAUCACCAACAUCUUCGUCACCAGAUCCCUUUAACUUUUCCAUUUCACCGAAGCCCGUUGUGAAGACGGCUCACAAUCAAGGACUAGGCUUAGGCAUAGGCAUGCCAAUGGUUGGAGGCAUUAUUGACAGCGGGGGAGAUCCAACAGGAGAUUUAUCGCAGCCUAUCUCGAAGCCCAACGAAUGGCCCUCGGCCCUUUAUAGUUGCCUCAUUUGUGACUCGUUCAACACCAACAAUUUGGAUGAUCUUAAUCAACACUUGCUAGUAGAUCGCUCGCGAUCACAAACCACCGCCUCCUCGUGCUCCACAGAGAUAAUGCUAAUUCACAACAACAACUAUAUAUGUCGACUGUGUAAUUAUAAGACGAAUCUCAAAGCCAACUUUCAACUGCACAGCAAGACAGAUAAGCAUUUGCAGAAACUCAGCUAUGUCAAUCACAUUAAGGAGGGCGGCAUACGCAACGAGUACAAGUUUCAACAACACUUUCAACAACAACACACCAAUGUCGUGCAGUUGAAAUGCAAUUGUUGUGAUUUUAACACAAAUUCGAUACAAAAACUCUCGCUGCACACACAACAAAUGCGCCACGAUACUAUGCGAAUGAUAUUUCAACAUUUACUGUACAUUAUACAGCAGAGUAACUUGAGGAAAAACGACAACGAGUCCUGUCCCGAAGAAGAUCAAAGCAGUAAGAAACAUCUAGUACUUCUUUGUCAGCUGUGCAAUUUUAGCGCUAAGAAUCUCCAUGAAAUGGUGCAGCACGUGAAGAGUAUGAGACACAUGCAAGUGGAACAAUUUGUAUGCUUACAGCGUCGUACGGAGAAUAAGGAAAAUCCAGCUUUAAAUGAUGUGUUUAAAAUAACAGAAUGGAUUUAUGAAAAUGAAGAUAUGUCUUACGAAACCGGCGGUUAUUUAACAAGAAGCACCACCACAGCUACAGCCAAAGAGGGCUCAUCCUUGGACGCCACCAGCUGUGGUGCCGCUGCUCCAACAGCAUCAUUAUCUUCUGUGGCUGCUGAAGCAUCAUCAUCAUCAUCUUCGGCAGUCAUCGCUGGGGCAGAUGUCGGUGUAUUCUCCCCGACAACAACUUCACCCUCGAGUUGCUCUACAUCUUGCGGCAAAACGUUGGGUAUCAGCGUUACAUCUCCAACACCAACUGUGAAUGAUUUUGGUUUGGUUUUGAGUGCUCCUCCUUCUGCUCAUGCUCCUGCCACCGUUUCAGUUCCCGCUGUCAGCGUUCCAACGACCGUGUUCAAGUGCAAUCUCUGUGAAUAUUUUGUGCAAUCGAAAACCGAAAUGGAAACUCAUAUCGAAACGGAACAUCCUUGCGCCGAUCCCAGUGAGGACUUUAUAAGUAUACCAACCAAUACGGCGGCGCUGCAAGCUUUCCAAACUGCGGUAGCAGCAGCAGCCAUAGCUGCGGUACGCCAGCAAAGAGCUAAUGCCAUUGAUGCAGGAACAGACAUUAAGCGGGAGGAAGAGGAUGAAGAGGAAGUGGAGGAAGUAAGCAAGGCAACUGAGGUAUGUGAGGUAGCUGAGAAAAAGAUUCAAGCAGGCAUACAAUGUCCCUUGUGCUUGGAGAAUCAUUUCCGAGAGAAGACAAGCUUGGAGAUUCAUUUAACCAGCGUACACAAUGUGGCCAGAGAUGGUCUAUCCCGACUCCUAAUGCUAAUUGAUCCAAAAGCUUGGGAGGAUAACAAGAGUAGCAAUAUCUCAACAGAAGAAGCAACGGCAACGUCCGAAGAAUGCUCAUCCUCUUCUAAUCCAGCAGCUGUCACCACCAAUGUAAUAGGGAUGAAUGUGCUUUGCUGCCAAAAAUGCGAGGCCAUCUUCAAGCAUGACGAGCAACUGCUUCAGCAUGCUCAGCAAACGCAACACUUUCCGAUUCAAAAUGGUGAAUAUCUGUGCUUGGGAUUAACUCAUACCAGUCGUCCGUGCUAUCUGAGAUUUCGAACCCUUACGAACAUGAUCAAUCACUACCAGGACACGCACAUGAGCUCCGUGAUCUCAGAACGUCACGUCUACAAAUAUCGUUGCAAGCAGUGCUCCUUGGCAUUCAAAACCCAAGAGAAGUUGACAACGCACAUGCUAUAUCACUCGAUGAGAGAUGCUACGAAGUGUUCACAUUGCCACCGGAAUUUUCGGAGUACGCAGGCACUGCAAAAGCACAUGGAGCAGGUGCACGCAGGCGGAGACGGAGACGGAGACGGAGUCAGAUCCAACAGUAGUUCACUGGCGCAGACGCAAUCUACACCUAGUACCGAAUUGCCUGCCGAAGAAACUUUUGAAGUUAAAGGAGAGGUUGCCGCUAUUAAUGAUGCCAGGUCGUCUCCACUACGAUUUGAAAACCCACAGCUGCUAGCCAAGGAAACAAACAGCAGCCGGCAGAGUCCCAUAGCUCCCACAUCUGAUACUCAGACUCAGCAGCAAUAUUUUGCCACCUUGACGAACUUGCUGAAGCAACAGCAGUGCAACUCAGAGGUUUUGGGCAUGCAACCAGACGCUCUGCUUCCAAUGGGAGAGUUUUCUCAACAUCUACAGAGCCCACAGAAUCUACAAACCAUGCAACAGCAGCAGCAGCAGCAAUUUGGGGCUGCAAUAAAUCCAGUGGAUAUGCUCAACCUUAUGCAGUUUCAUCAUUUAAUGUCACUGAACUUUAUGAACUUAGCACCGCCAUUGGUUUUCGGCGGGAGCGGAGGCGUAGGAGGAGGAGCAGGCAGUGUAGUGGCAGGAGCAACCCAUCAAAACAACAGUAACCUAAACGCCUGCUCCUCAACCGCGGAUAUUCAACUCACAAACAGUGGGGAUUCGGGAAAAGCAACUGCGGCAGUCCCUACUCCCACACAACAUAAUGCCGCCAACUCAAGCACUCAGCUGACUGCCACCAACCAAAAGCGUGCUCGUACGCGUAUCACCGAUGAUCAAUUAAAAAUUUUGCGUGCUCACUUUGACAUUAACAAUUCGCCCAGCGAGGAGAGUAUUAUGGAAAUGUCACAGAAAGCAAACUUGCCAAUGAAAGUCGUUAAGCACUGGUUCCGAAACACCUUAUUUAAGGAAAGGCAACGCAAUAAGGACUCGCCCUAUAACUUUAAUAAUCCGCCAUCAACUACCCUCAAUUUGGAGGAGUACGAACGUACGGGUCAGGCUAAGGUUACCCCUUUGAACGAUAUGGGGAGCGGUGGGAGUAGCGCUGCUGUAACCAUAACCACACCGUCGACAACACCAAUACCCUCCUCCAAUGUCACUCUCAGCAGCUCGUUCAAAGAAGCUCCAACAAAUGCAACAAGAGCCGUAUCCGUUUCUAUGUCCCUCCCAAUCCCUGCAUCCUCAUCCGUAUCUCGGCCAGAAUCCACAAAUUCCAGUGGCAACAUCUCUGAUUAUUUAAGCCAAAAUCUAUGGGGGAAAGAGCCAGGAAAAGAUCAAAAUCAUUUGCCGCAGUUUUCUACAGAAAUGCACAUCAAAUCGGAGCCCCAGGAAAUAGAUAAUAAUGAUUUUGUCCAUCAAAAACAACAGCAAAAUAUAAACUUUAUGAAGCAUCAACAGCCAGAUCAGCCCAUGAAAAACACAGAAAUUGAUACAUUUAUCGAUCAGACAUUACAUUCCACGAACUUUCCUCAACAGCAAAGUCACUUGACAAAUCAUUUUGAAACAAAAUCGGAAAGUGGAAGCUCUGAUGUUAUGUCAAGACCUCCAACACCAAAUGCUGUUGGAGGAAACAAUCUGUAUGGCAACAUGAACGAUUUAAUAAAUCAACAGUUAAUGGAAACUAUGGGCCCACCCAUAAAGAAGCUUCAAAUUAGUGGAAAAACCAUGGAAAAAAGUUUAACAACAACAGCAAAUUCAUCUACAAGUUCAACACUAAACCAAUCUUCUUGCAGCCAAUUCGAUAGCAAUAACUCCUCCAACUCAUCCAGCUCGUCCUCGACAUCAGGUGGGAAGCGAGCAAAUCGAACACGGUUCACCGAUUAUCAAAUUAAAGUCUUGCAAGAAUUUUUCGAGAAUAAUUCUUACCCGAAAGACAGUGACUUGGAGUACUUAAGUAAGCUGCUAUUGCUCUCGCCUCGAGUGAUUGUUGUUUGGUUUCAAAAUGCCCGACAAAAGCAACGAAAAAUCUAUGAAAAUCAGCCGAACAAUACGCUUUUUGAGAAUGAGGAAACGAAAAAGCAAAAUAUCAACUAUGCCUGCAAGAAGUGUAGCUUGGUAUUUCAACGUUACUACGAACUAAUAAGACAUCAGAAAAAUCAUUGCUUCAAAGAGGAGAAUAAUAAAAAAUCCGCCAAGGCACAGAUUGCCGCUGCGCAAAUUGCACAGAAUUUAAGCUCCGAAGAUUCAAUGGAUUCCUCAAUGGAUGUCCACCAUCAGAAUAUGACUGCACAACUGGCCCCAAUUCCCUCAACGCAUCACAAUUUCUUUACCAAGUCCUCAUCAUCUCUGCAUGACUUUAGCCCAUCGACCACACCAACGCCACCGCAACAGGCGGUGCGUGAGCGCAGCAAUAGCUUGGAUCUUCCGCAGUCGCAGCUGCGACAUGCCAAGUGCUACGAUUGCGAUAAAUGUGAACUGCAAUUCAACCAGUUGGAGAAAUUGCGUGAACACCAGCUCUUGCAUCUUAUGAACCCCAUUAAGCCCAAUUUGGACCCCAACUUUGGUCCGUUUGGCAAUAUUUUGCAAAGUCUUCAGCAAGCGGCGGUACAAACGCAGUCCCAACUUCAACACCAGCCUGAGGCACAAUCGGAAUCACACGAUCAAUUGCCUUCCGCGAAAAGGCGAAAAAUAUCCAAUGACAGCUGCUCUUCCCAGGCGGAAGAUGAUCAUGCUAUAGUUUUCGAAAAGAAAUAUGAUUUCCUUCACAAAUACUUUAUGCAAAAUGAAACAAACGGAGAACUGAAAAAGCAAUUUCUGAUGCAACAACAGCAUAACAAACAAUCAAAUGAGUCCUCGGAUUUCGAACUGGAAUUCCUAACGAACUUUUACCAACAAAACGAACUGAAGAAAGUCAGUAACUAUGAUUUUUUAUUGCAGUACUAUCGAAAUCAAGAGGAGAAAUCAUCAACAAACUUUAGUUCUAGUCAAAGUCCAACAAUUGAGUUUCUAUUGCAAUAUUAUCAGCUGAAUGAAUCGAAGAAGUUUUUUCAGUUAGUUGCCUCGCCACAAAGAGUACCUGAUGAUGGACCAGGAGGCAAUUUUCAGCCAUUAACAGGGGAAAUGAAGGAUGAGCAAGUCAUUAAGGAAUUUCAUAAGGAGGAACCAAAGGAGCAACAUGAGGAAGUUAUCAUAGAUGGCAAGGAUUUGGAAAAGGAGCUCGAAAAAGACUGGAAAAAUGAGGAAAAACUAAACAAUAAUAACGAUGCAGAUGAGAACUUGCUGGAAUCAACAUCUAGACCCAGAUCUCUGCAGGCUCUUCAAAGCGAUGAAAAAGAUAAGUCUCAAUAUUUGCACAACUUGGAAGACUUUCUCGAUGCCACAAUGAUAGAAAAUAAUUCGCAAACUUUAACAUUUAACGAUGAUAACGAGAAUAAUGCCAGCCAAAAGGACGAAUCAAUGGUCAAAGCUAAUGAACUAGAAAAAAGAUCGUCGGUAUCUCCCGUAAAUGUUUCAUCAUCGAAGCAAAAUAAACGCUUGCGCACAACCAUACUUCCGGAGCAAUUGAACUUUUUAUACGAAUGCUACCAAUCGGAAUCAAACCCAAGUCGCAAAAUGCUGGAAGAGAUAUCCAAGAAGGUUAACUUAAAAAAGCGCGUUGUACAAGUUUGGUUUCAAAAUUCUCGAGCAAAGGACAAAAAAUCCCGUAACCAACGGCAUUAUGCCCAUAUUUCGGAUGAUAACAGCUAUGAUGACGGUGGUUCCAGUAGCAAAGACAACGCUGGACAAGAUAAUACUGAAAUAACGAAUCUCCUGCAAGAUUGCCAACUCUGCCAAGUCACCCAAGUAAAUCUCCAGAAGCACGCUUUUAGCGUGGAGCACAUUGGCAAGAUGAAAAAGUUCCUGGAACAAACCACAAGCGAGCUUUAUGGCAGCGAUGACAGUGACUCCGAUAGAGAAAAGCAUUUCUAUAACCUAUCCAAAGCAUUUCUCCUUCAACAUGUUGUCUCAGGUGCUGCCAAGAGCAGUAAUGCGACAUGUAAUACCGGAAAUUCUGGACAGGAUUCACAGCCGGAAGAUGAGAACUGUUUGCUCAAUUAUGAUGUUAAAGGUGAUAAUGCCAACAUCCCCGAUGUUCGAGUCACUGAAGCCAGUAAUCAGGAUCUAAUGCAGAAGCUAUUCAAUCGAAACCAUAUCACCGGUAAGCGAGUUUCGACUGAGCUUGUAAAAAUUCUUUAUUUUUUUAUUAUCUGUUGAUCAGAUUAUAUAGUUUGGUACUUUCCUUUACUAUUAUUUUAU